AUGCCCCCUCUGAAUGCCAGCUGGACCCCCUCGCACCCCUCCUCCUUUCUGCUGGGGGGCAUCCCAGGGCUAGAGCGGGUGCAGGGCUGGAUCGCCGUCCCGUUGUGCGUCAUGUACGUUGCUGCAACGCUGGGAAAUUGCACCCUUCUCUACAUCGUCAAGGUGGAGCCCGGCCUGCAUGAGCCCAUGUACCUCUUCCUGGCCAUGCUGGCCGUCACCGACCUGCUCCUGGCCACCUCCACUGUGCCCAAAAUGCUGGCUGUCUUCUGGCUGGGCUCCGGAGCCAUUGGCUUCCACAUCUGCCUGGCCCAGAUGUUCUUCAUACAUGCUUUCUCGUCCGUCGAGUCUGGCGUGCUGAUGGCCAUGGCUCUGGACCGCUACGUGGCCAUUUGCUUCCCCCUCCGGCACUCUGCCGUCCUCUCCUUGCCGGUGAUUGUGAGGUUGGGCGGCCUCAUCCUGCUGCGUGGCGUGAUCCUCGUCAGCCCCUUCUGCUUCCUGGCCCACCGGCUGCCCUACUGUGGCCACCGCUUCAUUGCCCACGCCUACUGUGAACACAUGGCGGUGGUGAAGCUGGCUUGCGGGGAUGCCCGAGUCAACACGGCUUACGGCCUCUUCGUGGCUUUUGUCGUCGUUGGCUUCGACGUCUUCAUCAUCGCCACAUCCUAUGCCAUGAUCCUCAAGGCUGUGUUGAUGCUCCCCUCCAGCGAGGCACGGGUCAAGGCCUUUGGGACCUGCGCCUCCCAUGUCUGUAUCCUCCUCUCCUUCUACAUUCCUGGUCUCUUUACGUUCCUCACGCACCGGUUUGGUCAUGAUGUUCCCCACCAUGUCCAUAUCAUGGUGGCCAUACUCUACCUUCUGGUCCCGCCCACUUUGAACCCCAUUGUGUAUGGGGCCAAAACCAAGACCAUCAGGGAUAGAGUUCUUACCGUGUUCCUUAUUCCAGGAGAGCGGGGGCAGCUCUUAUGCCAUAAGAGGGCUUUGGUCUUUGACCAGUAA